GCUAAGGAAUAUAAUUACAAUAGCACAAAAUUAGCAGAAACUAGCCUACACACUGCUAGAGUAGAAAAUGAAGUUACUAGUGCUAUUUAUAUCAGUACUUGCAUGGUCAGAGAGUAAUUUGUGCACUGCUACUAGCCAUGCAGAACUGACAGUGAACUUCACUCAGGCCUCUUACACUGUAACUGAGGGAGGAGAGGCUGUGUCAGUGUGUGUGAAAGUCACCCCUGCACUGGUUGGAGAGGCUAUGGUGGUGGUAGAACUGAUGAGCAGUGAGGGAUUCUCUCAAGAUCUCACUGUUGAUCCGACAAGCACACUGACAUUGACCAACACUAUAAUCCAAGUUUGCUGGAAUGUUGCUGCUAUAGAUGACACUGUAUUUAAAAAUUCUGAGAGUUUUACGCUGACAAUUGUACCGAUGACUGCUGGAGUGUCUGUGGGGCAGCAAAGUAUUGUCACUGUAAUAGAUAAUGAUGAUGUCACAGUUGCAAUGACUGAAGGUCAGAGGUCAGUCACUGAAGGAGGGACGGUAUUGGUUUGUGCAACCUUGACUGGACAGUUGGGGAGAAGUGUAGUUGUGGGUCUAACCAUUACAUUCGGAACUGCUUCUUUAAGUGAUUUUAGCUUAGCGUCAGGCGAGCUGACAUUUACUGCAUCAGACUCAAGCACAAAUCAGGAGUGUUUAGUUGUAAUAGCCACAAGUGAUGACAUUUUUGAAGAUGAUGAGACAUUCACAGUGACACUACACCCGGAUCUCCCUAGUGGGGUCACCAUAUCUGGAGGGAGCUCCACUACUGUGACAAUCCCUGCCAAUGGUGGUGUUAUCAUACAAAUGACGGAAAUUCAAAAGCAAGUUACGGAAGGAGGGAUAGUAACAGUUUGUGCUUCGCUGACCGGACAGUUAGGGAGAAAUAUUGAAGUCAGACUGGCAACCAGCAGUGGAGGAACAGCUACAGAUACAGACUUUGUAUCAGCAUCGGUGACAAGAACAUUCACUGCUACUGAUACAACAGACAAGUGUAUUGUCAUUGCAACAAAUGGAGACAGAAUCUUUGAGGCAAAUGAGAUAUUCACUGUAUCACUGAGUGUGGUCAGUCCAACUACUGGAGUCACAGUAGUCAGGAGCCAAACCACAGUGAUCAUUGUGGAUGAUGACGAUAAAACCUUAUCAAGUGCUGGCAAAAAAUUCGUCGGUUUCCAAAGAACAGACUUGUAUAUCACAAACCCAGAGUCAAGUGCUGUUUAUUUCACAAUCACUCCAAUUAAUAUCAGUGGGAAUGUUUCUAACUCUUCAACUACGGUAAUUCCAGUUGAGGUAUUCUCUGUUGUUAAUGAAAGCAGAAAGAUUAAGGGGAUCCUUGUUGAAGCUGACGGAAACAUUAAUUUGUAUGGGAUGUCUUAUCAUUAUCAUUCACUUACUGAUGCAGCAGAUGUUUAUUUAGCGUUACCAUGUUCUAAAAUGGUAGUUGAUGAAUACGAAUAUUAUGGAAUCUCUUAUAACACCAUUAAUAGCAACACUCCUAGUGUGAUUUUGUUGGUGGCUUGUGAAAAUGAAACUGUUGUCAAAUUCCAUUCCUCAACAAUAACACUAAAUAGUAUGGAAACAUAUCAGAUUGAAAGUGAUAAUGAUCUCACAGGAACAAGAAUAACAAGCUCCAAACCUUUGUCUGUGUUUAGUGGAUCUGAUUGUGCUAAUGUCCCUCAAGGUAUAGGCAAUUGUGACCACCUGGUUGAACAAGUGCCUCCGACUGUGACAUGGGGCUCAAAAUUCCUCGUAGCAUCUCUCGAAGGUAGAUCUUCUGGUGAACGUAUUCGUGUUCUUAGUGCCCGAGCAGCAAGUGUAGCUGUGAACUGCAACACUGUUGUAUCAGUCAGUGAAUUCCAGUUGCAAAGUGGAGGGAGUUUCAGAGAAUUUGAAAUCCCGAUCAACAGUUUCUGUAGCAUUGAAUCCACUUCUCCAGUACUAGUUGUUCAGUAUGCACAUGGUGGUGACAGUGAUGGCGGCUUGGGAGACCCAUUCAUGAUGAUAAUCCCUCCAAUGGAGCAGUUUACAAGUAACUAUUUUAUCGAAGCGUUUCCUCUUUUCGUAUCCAACUAUGUCACAGUGUAUGUUUCUUCUGAGUUUUUUCAAACUGCACAGAUAUUGUUAGACAAUUCCAUUGUUACUGGUUGGAGAAAUGUUGUCUGUUCAAGUGGAGAGAUUUGUGGCCACAUAAGUAGAACGAGUGUGUCUACUGGAGCUCAUUCUAUCCGUCAUCAAAACAGCUCAGCUGUUCUAGGUGUUUCAGUGUAUGGAUUCAGCUUUGGUAUUUCUUAUGGUUACCCUGGAGGCAUGAGAUUAUCUCCCAUACAAUGCAACUGUGGUCAAAAUUCUAUUUGUUUGAAUAACAUGGGACAGUUCAACUGUAGGUGCUUGAAUGGAUUUGUGGCUUCAUUGUCUGAAACUGAUAAAGUUCUCUGUAACAGCAUGGUUCAGUGUGAAGCUGAAAAGGAUUCUGUAUGGGGACUUGUCUUCCCUGCCACUAUGGCUGGCUUUUCCUAUUCCCGACAAUGCCCACAAAAUGGAAAUGGAAUAACUUUAGGUACUGCGACUCGUUUCUGUACACUGGGUGGUGUCUGGGAAGCAGUGAAUAUUGAUAACUGCACUAGCGAAGUAAUCAGCUCACUUAAUGACAGGGCAAAUGAACUAUUUUCUAGAAAUGCAUCUCAGAACAAUACAUCUCAGAACGAAGUUGAAGACCUUCUUACUUCUCUUGAGGAGGCUACUAGUGUAAAUGCAACAGGAGACUCCACCAUAUUCCCUCAAGACCUCAGCACUACUAAUACGAUCGUCAAGUCAAGUGUGAAUUACCUAGUUCAAAGUGUUGAGAUUGCUAGUCCCAUGUCUUCUCUCAAUUUUAGUGAAGAAGUUAUGAACGUUCUCAACAAUGUUCUGGACGAGAGGAAUACAGAAGGAUGGGAAAGAUUACAAGAGGAUUCUUCUGCUGAGAGCCAGCAAUUGCUGUUGAAUGCAGAGUUAUAUGGUCAGUAUGUGUCAUUGGCACUAAGGAGUGAAGCUGUGGAUACAGGCAACAUGACGGAGAUCAUACUUGAGAGACAAAACAUCGUGCUAGCUGCAAUUGAAGUUGACACCACUAGUUUGGAUAACAUUACCUUUCCUGAAGUUGUCGAAGUUAGUGAAGAAACAGGAUCAGCCCAAACUGUGAUACCAGCUGCUCUUCUUAUGGAGAGAGGUGCUCUAGAGGGGAAUGUUACAGCAGUCAACAUUCUAUUUUCCAACUUGGAGGAUUUUCUUCCAAAAACCAACCUUGAAAUGAACACGACCAGACCAGUAUCACAGGUUAUUUCUAGUCAAGUCUUCUCUAACGUGAAAUUAACUAACUCUCAGACACAGGCAACCUUCAGAUUCACCACCCAAAAGUUCCCUGAGGAUGAAGUAGCCGAAAAUGCAAGAUGUGUAUUUUGGAGUGUUUCUAGUGAUGCGGCCAACAGCGCGUGGUCCAAGGAAGGUGUGACUACAGUCAGUGUGGAUGAAGACGAGCAAAUGAGAGUAUAUGAUAUUGUCUGUGAGAGCAGUCAUUUCACAGCCUUUGCUGUUCUAAUGGAUGUCACUGGAGCACUGAAUAACGCAACUACAGAAAUCAAGUUUGCUCUAUCGGUGGUGACUUAUGUUGGUUGUUCCAUCUCCAUCUUCUUUCUUCUGUUGUCUAUCUUCUAUUUCUUGACAUUGAGAAAAGAGCUGCUGACCAAGGUUCAUAACUUCAUCCAUCUCAACCUGUCUAUUUCUUUGCUCCUUGGUUACGUGGUGUUCCUGUCAGGAGUAGAGACAGCUGUGGCCAACGAGGUAGCGUGUGUGUUUGUGGCUGCUCUCCUUCAUUACCUGUUCACUACUGUGUUCUUUUGGAUGCUGUGUGAGGGAAUCAUGCUCUAUCUCAUGUUGGUGCUUGUCUUCAACCAAAUAUCCAAGAAAUGGUGGAUAUUCUUUAUUAUUGGAUGGGUUGUUCCAGUGAUACCAGUGGCUAUAUCUGCUGGACUGAUUCAUGACCAGUAUGGAACAGAAGAGUAUUGUUGGAUUGCCGUUGGUGCCGGUGAUAAAGGAGCCAUAUGGGCAUUUGUUGUACCAAUGCUACUAGUUGUUCUGGUGAAUAUAUUCUUCCUCUUGGCUGCUUUGCGUAGUGUCUAUAAUCUGAGAAAAUCAACCAUGCAACGAAGUGAAAAAAAGGAAUCUUUACAGUUAUUCUCACAACUUUUCAAGGCCACCAUAAUUCUCCUUCCAUUGCUCGGGCUGACUUGGGUGUUUGGUCUACUCUCAGUCAACAACAGCACUAUUGUGUUUGCAUGGUUGUUCUCUAUCUUUAACUCACUGCAAGGCCUGUUCGUGUUCAUCUUCCAUGUGCUCAGGAGUGAAAAGGUCACAAACUUCCUAAAGCAGUGCAGAAACAAAAUGGAUAGUGUUGUAUCAACUUCUGCCUCAGGAAAAAACAAUCUGAGCAAGAAUACGACGAGUGAUGGUGUUCAGCUCAAGCCAAGUCACUCUAGAUUCAGCGAACACGAUCAUAGUACCAUGCAAGAUGAAGCCAUUAAAGUCGAUAAGACUGCACCUGAGUCUGGCUCAGAGAAGUCUGCACCUGAGUCUGGCUCAGAGAAGCCUGCACCUGAGUCUGGCUCAAAGAAGUCUGCACCUGAGUCUGGCUCAGAGAAGUCUGCACCUGAGUCUGGCUCAGAGAAGUCAUACAUUGCUGGAUUGCUUGAAAAUGAUAAAAAGUGGCACGAAAAAACUACUACGAUAACCUUUAAUUGGAAAAAAGAAUUUUCACGCCCACAUGCAGGAAAGCCUUAAAGCACAGCUAUUAACAUAAUUGUUUUUUCCCUAUUAUAGUGCCGCUACAUAUAUAGUGCAAAGUUUUAUUUGAAAUCCAUGCAUGCAUGCAUAAUUAUACUGAUUGUACAUAAUUAUAUAGUAUAGAUGUUAUUAACACACAUAGUUUUAAUUAUUGUUCACGAUGGAUCCAACCCCUCAUCAUUGGACCCCCGGGCGUUCCCGGUAUUCGUAUCAAAUUCCAUGCAUUGAGAAAGCUCCCCUAAGAACCAGCCAUGCAAGACAUUUCUCAGAGACUAUAUAAUUAUGAACAUAUUUAUACCAAUAUACUAAGUGUUACCCAUGCAAUAGUUUUAUAGUCUGUUUUCUCGAUUGAAAUUUUUUCAAGUUAAA